AGACUACAAUUCCCUACUUCUCACUCCUUGACUGCGCAUGCCCACUAGCACUGCGGCGCAGUCCCCGGAGGCUGGUGCGCAAGCGCACGGCGAGCCACUGGCAAUCAAGUUGGUCAAACAGCUGGUGAUAAAAUGGUAGCAUAAGCUCAAGUCAUCGCAGAAGGACAAGGUUCGCCAGUUUAUGGCCUUCACUCAGUCUGGGGAGAAGACAGCUGUGUACUGCCUGACCCAGAAUGACUGGAAACUAGAAGUGGCGACAGACAACUACUUCCAGAAUCCAGACCUGUACUACAAAGAAUCCAUGAAGAACUCAGUAGACCGGAAGAAAAUAGAACAGCUUUAUAACCGGUAUAAAGAUCCUCAGGAUGAAAAUAAGAUUGGUAUCGACGGGAUCCAGCAGUUCUGUGACGAUCUGAACCUGGACCCAGCCAGCAUCAGUGUGCUGGUCGUAGCGUGGAAAUUCAGAGCUGCCACCCAGUGCGAGUUCAGUAAGAAGGAGUUUGUGGAAGGCAUGUCAGAGCUAGGCUGCGACAGCCCAGAUAAACUUAAAGCACUCCUCCCAAGAUUAGAGCAAGAAUUAAAAGACCCAGGAAAGUUCAAAGACUUCUAUCAGUUCACAUUUAAUUUUGCUAAAAACCCCGGACAGAAGGGCUUAGAUUUAGAAAUGGCAGUGGCCUACUGGAAUUUAGUAUUGACAGGAAGGUUUAAGUUUCUCGACCUCUGGAACAGGUUUUUAUUGGAACAUCACAAAAGAUCAAUCCCCAAAGACACGUGGAAUCUUCUUUUAGACUUUGGAAACAUGAUCGCAGAUGACAUGUCAAACUAUGAUGAAGAAGGUGCGUGGCCCGUUCUUAUCGACGACUUCGUGGAAUUCGCGCGGCCUAUCGUCACCGGCGGCAAGCGCAAAACUGUAUAAUCGCGGGCGCCCGGGGCGGGGAGGGGGUUGCUUUCGUCGUUUCAUUUUUUGUCGUUGGUUUUCUGUUUUUUUUUUUUCUUUUCGGAAGACAAAAAAAAAAAACACUUGAAGUCACACCGUGUGCGCGGUGCUGGGAGGGGCGAGGAGGGGGCGUGCGCCGUAGGGGCGAGGACAGAGACCGGCGCACGAACAGGCCGCCGCCCCCUCCCUGAGACCCGGCCUCCCGGCGCGCUGCUUUCACAGGACGAGGCAACGGGAGGCGGGCGCACAGACUCUGCCUGCGCAGGCUGGGGGGGUGGGGGUGCAGAAGAUAGCUCUUUGCUUUACGUGGGGUUGGGGGACAACACAGGAAAAAACAAAAACCUUUCAAAAUAUCGCAAUGGCUGUAUGAUAUAGGAUGUAGAUUCUGCAUGUCUUUUUUAUACUUUGGAACAAUGUGAACUACAGAUCCCUUUUUUUCUUAACCGGAGAGAUGUUCAGACAGCACAGCAUGCCAUUCAGAUCAGGUGAACACCAGCAGACACAGUUAUUACAGUUGUAAAAUACUGUACCUAUAGAUAUAUAGAGAGCUAUAUAUAUAUAAAAAGCAUAUAUACAUAUAUAAAUAUGAAGAAGAAAAGCAUUUGUGGUGUAAAUUAAUGAGUCGGCUCUUCAGUAUGCUUCAUUUUUUUUCCUUUUUAAAUGUCAGCCAGCGAGGGAAGGCGAUGCUGUACUUUUGGAAGGAUGAAACAGCAGGAAUUACCAUUACACUGGUACAGACCCAAGGGCCGCUGUUUCUCAAAUGAUCCAGUAGGGUGUUUGAGUGGAUUGGUGGAUUAUCAUGCCUUCAGUUACUACCUACAUGAACGUAACAGGCUAACAUGUCUCCCCUAAUUUUAACAAGCUGGUGUUUCCCCCAUUAUCGUCUGUUCCUUGUCCUAUAAAGGGAAUUUAACACGUUGUUAACCACGAGGAAUGCUUUGUUUGGGCUGCAGGGAGCUGUUUUGUUUUGUGUGCUUUUCUUUCUAGAUUAACGAAGUAAUGGGAAGCAGCAUUAAAACCGCUGAGCGUGAAACAGGUGAGAAGCACCGCUUAUUAACGUAGGCCGUGAUCAUAUUGAAUCUGACGUCUCUCGACUUUCCGUAUCCUCGAGUCAUCGCCACUUCAACGGGCGGGUCGGAGCGAGCACAGGUGCGAGUACCUGUCAGCCGAAACGCAGUUGUACCAUCCAUAAAUAUAACAGCGUUCUCUUCUGUUUCCGUAGUUGUUUGGCGUACCAGACGGCCUGGUAACUGAACUAGUGCAUGUGUUAGAGCAGGGCUUUUUUAAUCGAAGCUCUCAUGAAUCAAAUACUCAAGUCAUCUGUCUUAAGCCAAGCAGAAAGGGAUACUGGUUUAAAGAGUUUAAAGCACGCUCUCUUCUUCAGGUUGAACAGCCUUUCAUGUAGUGUUCCAUCGUGUCCGUCACAUCCUGCAGAGCUCUGUCCUCUUCACCUGAUGGGGUAGUUUCCAUCUCCGGUCCACAUGGGCUCCUGGUUUCCAUGGCAUUACGUGGACAAGAGAGCAUGUGACCUCCCCCACCCAUCACCCCUGCAGGGAGUACCCCCAGCAAUGCUGGUCCCCACUCAUACAGCGGGGUGGACAGGGGUGUCUGGGGUACAGUACCUCACUCCAGUGUACAACAGCAGGGUGUCCAGCAGGAGCCUGAAUCUGCCACCCGAUUACGAGACUAGAGCCUUACACACUAAGCUGCACCUCGCCCGCGUUCAGCGGUAUGACCACUGAAACUCACAGUUUGUCCCGUUGCAGUGUGAAGGAGUGUGAUGUUAGACCUAACCUGUGGCCACCACCUGUGGUCCUCUAACACCACUUGUGCACGACACAUGAAAGAACAGACAGCAGGAAAAAAAGUCUGGGGAAAAAUACAUGUUGAAAGCAGG